AUGGGCGAAGAAACGACUAAACCGAGUGGUCGCAAACGAGGUCGUCCUCGAACUGUGACCGAUGAUCAAGAAGUGCCAGAGAGGCGUCGCAAACAACUCCGGCUUGCGCAGCAGGCGUAUCGGAAAAGGAAGGAGACCACGAUCGGUAACCUACAGAACCGCGUACACGAAUUAGAAACCGGCAUCGAGAAUAUCAGCCACUCUUUCCUCUCCUUCAGUAGUCUUCUUAUAGAAGAGCAACUCCUUUCACAAUACCCGCAUAUCGCAUCGGCUCUUCAAAACAUAACUCAGCAAUGCGUGUCGCUUGCGAAGGCUGGGAGUGAGGAUCCGAGCGAGGGAGCCCUCCCCGUCGUUCGGGCCGCAAAAGAGUCUCAAACCACAAAUAAUAAUAUAGCUCCAACUCGAGUUCUGGAUGGUGCACACUCAGAAGAUCCAACAGAUGCCGAGGAUAUAAUACGAUCAGCUGCUACGGGCUGGCCCGGCCCUCCUACUCCACCAUAUCAAGGUCAAUCCAUAUCACCGUUCGACCUCGUCAUGUCGUCAUCUACUGUUCAAUUUCCUCAUAUUACCCCGCCAUUAUCGAACUCUUCGACACUAGAUCCACACUCUAGUAAUAUAAUGCCUGCCAGGCAGUGGAAUAUCGCACAACGCAUAGUCCGGACUUGCUCUGAGCUGGGAUAUCACCUUCUCAUCGACAAACCAAACAGUUCCAUGGUCCAGCAUAUCUUUGGGUCCGCUCUGAGCCUGCAACAACGCAAUCGUCUGAUCUCAGCCUUUUACGCUGUCAUGCAGGAGGACACCGGUGUCUUGACAGACCCCAAGGCUAAUGUACUUCAUGCCCUGCUGUCUGGGCACAAUAUGAACACAUGCUCGGAUGAACAACUCCAGGUCUCAUCUAGAACAUGGCAGAUUGCGCUCGAAUCGGCUUCUGGUGAGUGGAUGGAUGCCAUCGGAGUUCAAAGAUACCUGCGCGACAAGAGAGCGAUCUUUGAGAACUUUCCCGAUUCCCCUGGCCCUCAUGGUUAUUCAGUCUCGCCUUCACUUGAUAUAACAGCCUUCAUCAAAUCCCUCUCAAAGGAAGCCAUAUGCGUUGGGAAUGGACCGGCAUUUCGACGGCAGAGCGUUGACAAAGCUCUUCGGCUGGCCACGAUCAGUGGGCCGUGGGAUUUCGAUAAUCUUUGUAAUUUAUAA